UCACGCUUCCAACGUCCGAUGCCUCCGUUCCGUUCCCUCUCCCUCCCUCCCUCCCUCCUCCGUCUUCCCGCCGCCAUUUCAAACCCCCCUCCGAUGGCCACCGCCGACGGCGACAGCGACGGCGACGCCCACCCACCCCUACCCCUCUCCGCAGACCUCGACGAAAACGGCUUCCCUGCUCUACCCCCCUCCCCUGCCGCCGCCAGCUGCAGUAGCUUCGCCGAGGACUUCUACCGCAGUGGCGCGGACUGGUCCUCCCUGCGCGCCCCUCCUUCCCCGCGGCCGGAGGAGGCAUACGGGGUGAAGGAGAAGGGCGGGGGUCCUCUACUGCAGAGGAGCCUCUUCCAGGCGUGGGGGAUCGAGAGGCCGCGGCGGGAGGGGGUCGGGGCUGCGGAUUCCUCGCUCGUGCAGAGGAGCCUCUUCCAGGCGUGGGGGAUCGAGAGGCCGCGGAAGGAGGGGGUAGAGGCUGGGGAUCCCUCCCCCUCCGCCCCCCAUUCCGAUUCUUGGUCAGGAAGGAAGCGGCGACGAGGAGGCGCCGAGGAGAAUGGGGAGACCAAGAGGCCUCUCGCUUGCCCCUUCUACAAGAAGAUUCCCGGCACGCCAUUCACGGUGGAUGCAUUUCGGUAUGGAGAAGUUGAGGGGUGCUCUGCCUAUUUUCUCAGCCAUUUUCAUCUUGACCAUUACGGUGGACUGACCAAGAAAUGGUGCCAUGGCCCCAUCUAUUGUUCUGCGCUAACUGCACGCUUGGUAAAGAUGUGCCUGUCAGUAAAAUCCGAUUAUAUUUGUCCCUUGGAGCUUGAUACUCAGUAUGUCAUAGAGGGAGUGACAGUUACAUUGUUGGAGGCCAACCAUUGCCCUGGUGCAGCUCUAAUUCACUUCCGACUUAGUGAUGGAAAAACCUAUCUGCAUACUGGGGAUUUCAGAGCAUCAAAAUCCAUGCAAUUGCAUCCACUGCUCCAGAGAGGCCGCAUAAAUUUGCUUUACCUGGACACAACAUAUUGCAAUCCGAAAUACAAGUUCCCGCCUCAGGAGGAUGUUAUUGAUUUUGUUGUGAGGACAGCUCAAAGAUAUCUACAGAAGCAACCAAAAACCCUCAUUGUUGUUGGGGCAUAUAGCAUUGGGAAAGAGAACGUAUAUCUAGCAAUUUCUCGAGCUUUAGAGGUCCCUAUAUACACUGAUGCAUCAAGAAGACGAAUUCUUCAUUCAUUUGGCUGGUCGGACUUAUCCAAAAGGAUAUGUUCAUGCAAUCAAAGUUCACCCCUUCAUAUUCUGCCCCUUGGAUCUGUAAAUCAUGAGAACUUGAAGAAGUACUUGGAGACUCUUAACCAAAGGUUUCUAGCUGUGCUGGCUUUUCGACCUACAGGUUGGACUUUCUCUGAGGCAACAGGAAAGCAGCUUGACCUAAUAAAACCAAGAUCUAAUGGUAGAGUUACAAUCUAUGGUGUGCCUUACAGCGAGCACUCAAGUUUCACUGAGCUCAGAGAUUUUGUGAUGUUUUUGAGACCUCAAAAGGUAAUCCCCACUGUUAAUGUUGGCAACGCGGCAAGUCGAGAUAAAAUGCAAGCAUGUUUCCGGGAAUGGCUGAAGAGCUUGUGAUGGAUGAAGCCUGUGACACAACGAUGGUACCUGGAUAGCAGCUAAGAUACUCUCUGAAGGUUGAUCUGCUCUGUGCUAAAAAAAGUUGUGCUUAAAGAGGUGCCACUUUCCCUACAUUUGCCAUAGACGUGCAUUUUUUAUUGUAGCAGAUUAGGAUUCAUUCUGUUCUUGUCUCGUUUGUGAGGCAAAUGUGUUGUUUCUUUCUCAGUCUGACAUAUUUCUCUGCAGUGAAAGUAUAAGUUGUAAAAUUAUUGAAUCCAACUACUGUUCAACGAAAUACAUUGCUUGGAAACCAUCUCG